AACUAACGUCCAUCUCUCUUCCAGACCUGCACCUGAAGGUCUCCAUGGUAACCAGCAGACUGGGACAUAUCAAAGACAGAGUCCGUAACUCGAGCCUCCUGCUCCGUCAGCCAAUCAGAGAGCUGCAGAGCCUCUCUAACGGUUCAUCUGUGUCACUGCAGCAGGCUCAGCUUCAGACUGCAGCAGCACACUCUGGUCUGCAGGUGGCACUGCAGCAGCUGGAAAGACUCAAAGAUCAGCUGCAGGAUUCUUCUUCUGUGGUGGAAAAUACAGUUAAAACAGUGACAGAGACCAACCAGCUGGUGGCGCACACAGACACUGCAGCCAAUGAGGCGCAGCGUAAGCUUGAGGAGGCAGAGCAUCGUACGGAGCAUCUAAUGGAACGCAUUAAGCCACUGAGCAUUCUGGGAGAAACACUGAGCCGGAAUCUGUCCGACAUCAGAGAGCUGAUCGAUCAGGCUCGUCGACAGGCUGCAUCGAUAAAGGUGGCGGUGCAGGCGGACAGAGACUGUGUUCGAUCCUACAAACCUCAGACUGACUCCAGUAACUUCAACACCCUGAGUCUGAUCCUGAAGACGACGAGUAAAGACAACCUGCUCUUCUACCUGGGCAGCGUCACCACGGUGGACUACCUCGCUGUAGAGAUGCAUGAUGGGAAGGUUUCUCUGUUGUGGGAUUUGGGGUCAGGAACUAACACACUGGAGUUUCCUGGACUCGACAUUACCAACAACAAGUGGACAAGAAUCAAUGCUACACGGUUUGGGGCGCAGGUUUCUCUGUCUGUCCAUCAGCUGGAUUCGGAGGCGGCUCUGUUGCCCGCGGUAACAGGUCGGUCAGUGGGAUCGACGCGUGUUUUAGACAUCGACAGAAACACAGUGAUUCAUAUCGGAGGCCUGGGAGCUCACACUCAGAGCCCCGCAGCGCUGAGGUCAUCGACCUUUCAGGGCUGUUUCGGCGAAGCUUUGCUCAACGAGAGAAACAUCGGACUGUGGAACUACGACAGCAGAGAAGGAGCAUGUGGAGGCUGCUUCAGCAGUCCUCAGGCGGAGGAGACGUCCUUCCACUUUGAUGGAUCUGGAUUCUCAUUGGUCCAGAAAUCUCUGCGUGCGACGUCCACGUCAAUCGUGUUUCAGUUUAAAACACUGUCGCCAGGCGGAUUACUGCUCUACCUCGCUUCUAACAACACGAGAGACUUCCUGUCCAUUGAGCUGGUUGAGGGGCGUGUCCGUCUAACCUUUGAUCUUGGUUCAGGCGUUCUUAUCCUGGCGUCCAACAGGAAGUACAACAGGGGGGUGUGGUACAAGAUCACGCUGCAGAGGAACAAACGCAAAGGUUACCUGUCAAUCAUGGCUGCAGACCAAUCAUCAGAGAAGGAAGUAUUGGAGGCGGAGGCUCCGGGGAUAGCCUCUGACCUGAACCGCUCCGACCUCGACCCUAUCUACAUCGGAGGACUUCCUGCCUCCAGACCAAUUAGGCGACAGGUGGUCUCCAGGUCGUACGUCGGCUGCAUAAAGAACGUGGAGAUCGCUCGCUCCAACUUCGACCUGCUGAGAGACGCAUUUGGCGUCAGGAAGGGCUGCGUGCUCGAGGCGGUGCAGAGUGUGUCGGUUCUGUCCGGAGGCUUCGUUCAGAUCUCUCCUACAUCAUUUGGUCAAGAGGCGGAGCUUCUAUUCUCCUUCUCCUCCAACAACCAAUCAGGAGUCCUGCUGGCUGCUCUCAGUGAUGAUCGCUUGCCCCGACAGUACUUCCUGUGUGCCCACCUUGUCUUAGGCACCUUGGAGGCAGAGCUUGGUGAAGUGGGCGGGGUCACCCGGAAGGUGACAGUGAUGAAACCUGAUGGAUCAUUUGGUGACGGAGAAAAACACUCUGUGAUUAUCACCAUCAACAGGAAGUCUCUGUCUGUGCAAGUGGACGAAGAUCACCUGAAGUCAGUCCCUCUGUUGCCAGGCGGAUUUCCUCGUCUGUCUCCUGCCUCCUUCUUCAUUGGUGGGUUGCCCUCAGCCGAGGAGUCCCGUCUACCAAUCAGAUUACAAGAAUUAUCCAGGUCGUUCAGAGGCUGUAUCCAACACCUGGUGGUGGGCGGAGCACUUGUCGACCUAUCAGGAGCAGUGAGGUAUGAGGGGGUGGAGCUUGACAGCUGUGUCUUGGAGGAGAGGGUUGGGGCGGUGCUUCCUGAUGACCAGGAUAUAGAACCAACUCCAGACCCCACCCACAUAUAUGUAGCCACGCCUACAUAUCUGAGUGCCCUGACACCCGGAGCGCUCACGUGUGUGUCAGAGGCUGAGCCAAGUUUCCUGUCGUCAGCCACUCAGUUUGGUUUGUCCAGACACAGUCACAUGACCUUCGUCAUCAACCCCAACACCGUGAGGAAGAGCGUCUCUGUGAGGUUGUCAGUGCGGAGCCGGGCUGCCAGCGGUUUGAUCGUUCUGCUCUCGGAUUCCAAACACACAGACUUCAUCGUUGUCAGACUGAUGGGAGGGAGACUGAUGAUGUCAGCUGACCUGGGAAAAGGCCCCGCCUCCAUCACAUCGUCUGUUGCCAUUAACGACGGAGACUGGCACACUGUGAGUGCUGAGGUCAGCCGGCGCUCAGUGUCGGUGUCAGUCGAUGGUUUGAGUCCGGACUCUGUGACAGUUAAAGGAAACCAGCUGGACGUGGACAACACGCUGUACCUGGGAGGAUUACCACACACAUACACCAGCAGGAGGAUCAACGUCAGCAGCAGUUUACCAGGUUGCAUUCGCUCGGUCAGUCUGAACGGAGCCAUGUUGGAUCUGUCCAAACCAGCCUCACAGCAUGAUGUCACUUCCUGUUUCACUAAAGACCAGACAGGAAGUUACUUUAAUGGCAGCGGCUACGCCAUCCUCAUGCAUGAUGGGUAUAAAGUUGGUUCGGAUGUGUCAGUAUCUCUUGAGUUUCGAACGAGCCAAUCAGAAGGAGCAUUUCUGGGAAUCAGCAGUGCAAAGGUCGACGCCAUUGGACUGGAGAUGGUGAACGGACAGGUGGUGUUUAACGUAAAUAACGGGGCGGGACGAGUGUCCGUGCGUUCGAUUGGUCAGGUGUUGUGUGAUGGACAGUGGCACCGCCUGCUGGCCAGAAAAAACAAACACAGCCUGAGUCUGAAUGUAGAUGGGCGGAGUUACACAACCCCUAACCCCUACCCACAAUCCACCUCAGCAGAGACGAACAACCCCGUCUACGUGGGAGGGUAUCCAGUGGGAGUGAGACAGAACUGCCUGUCGAGCAGCUCCAGGUUCAGAGGAUGUCUCAGGAACCUGCAGCUCAUCAAGUCUCACCUGAGCAGCGCUCUCGACCUGAGCUCCGCCCACUUCCUGUUGGGUGUCACACCUAACUCGUGUCCUGUUGUUUAGUGAAGCGGUGCUUGGCUGUGAUUGGUUCAUAGUCUGAUCAUUGAUCUUUACAUUAAAACAGUUUUUAGAGGCUGAUUCUUUUUAUCUCUCUGUUUCUGUAACUUUGAAUCAAUAAAGUUUUUAUUAAAUUGUCCAAUUUUUAUUCCCAGUUUUCACACACUCAAACUUUAAACUAGUUUCUAUAAAACUGAAUUAUGAAAUAACUCGACGUGAUGAAGCAAAAGAUUGUUAGAUUGAUUAUAACGGAUUUUGAUUUUGUUUUAAUAAUUAACGUUAUAUGUUUAAAAAAAGACAACGUCUGUUUUUUUAUUUUCCUUAAAUUUUAUUUUUGUUUUGUGGAUGAAGAGUUUUUAUCAUAAAGUAAAACAUGAUGUUUAAUCUACAGUAGGGGGGGUCAAUGUGUGUGUGUGGGGGGGGGAGUGGUUAGUCUGUAACAUGACACAAAGGGGAGGGGUUAGUCUGUAACGUGACACCAGGGGGAGUGGUUAGUCUGUAACAUGACACAAAGGGGAGGGGUUAGUCUGUAACGUGACACCAGGGGGAGUGGUUAGUCUGUAACAUGACACCAGGGGGAGUGGUUAGUCUGUAACGUGACACCAGGGGGAGUGGUGAGUGUGAAAUACCAAUAAAUAACAUAAUAAAUAAACAUGACAGAAA